UUAGAGGGAGAAGCAGCUAGAGUCGAAGGAGGAAGAAGAAGAAGUUCUGUUUAAUCAUUUCACUGCAUAACAGAAUUACAGUGCCUACUUCCUUCUGUAUAAUGAAUCUAUGACACCAUUGAUCUAUUGAAACCUGUCCAAUACUGUUUAUUUUGUGACCAACACAAACAAAACCGCACCGUUUCUUUCCUUUAUUUUUUUGCUUCAGACGUCGUCGUUCCGUUAACUCUGUACGCAGCGUUUUGGUGCGGAAUUCAAAUCGUCCACUUCCCUCCUGAAGAACGUUGCCCUGCGACGCCGUUGCAGCAGUGUGGCUGUUCGAAUUCGUUUCAGUUUCACAACUUAGUGUAAAGCAAAGUAGCUAUCCAAAUAUUAAUGGCAUCACCAUUAAAGCCAAGUAGAUCCCGUAUGUACACAGCUCUAUUUACAAGCAAAAAUUUCAAAAUCGAAGAGAGAGUGAAGUUGAACUGAGUCAAGCUCAACUCGGCCAUGAAUGAAUCUAAGCAGCAGGAUAUUUCUUAUAAAAGAAAAUAUUUCGAUGAUGAGUUACGAAUCUCAGAUGAGUCACGACACUUUCAAGCAAAGGUGAUAUGUCGUGCCCAGCACAUCGCCAUGUCAAAGAUUAGGUCAACAUUGACACCGGAGCAGCUUCGAUUGUUUGAGAGGACAUGUAUCGGACAUCUUCUUCGAUUAUCAGAUAUCAAGUUUUCUGGAGUGUUGGUGCACUCAUUUUUGCUACGACAGCUAUAUCGGGGCUUCGAUAAAAAUGAGUUUUGGUUUAGAGUUAAUGGGGUUGACGUGAGAUUUAGCCCAUUCGAGUUUGCUUUGAUGACAGGGUUACCAUUCAGUCAGCUCACUACACUUUCAUCAUAUAUUCCCCAUGCAUCCAAACAUAGGAUUGGAGAUACCUACUUUCAAGGAUGUCAAAAAGUGCAGUAUCACGAUAUUGAGCGUGUUUUCUUGGCUAGGCCAUGGGGGGAUAACAAUAUCGAUGCCGUCAAAAUAGCGUUGUUGUAUUGUCUACACAUGGUGUUGCUAGGGAAUGAUCGACGCAAGAAGGUAUCUGCAGAAUACCUCCAGUUGGUUGAUCACUUGGAUGAGUUUAAUUCUUAUCCCUGGGGUGUUCCAGUGUGGCAGAUGACAUACGAGUCGAUGUCCCAAGCAAGUAACAGAUUAUGCUCCGGUUAGAUGCCUGACAUGCGUAAAUAUGACUUAUACGGAUUUCCCAUUGCAUUUCAAUAUUGGAUAUAUGAGACGAUGGACACCCUGUAUAAUUGGGUGGAUUUGGUUGAUGUCCAUGCGUCUCCACAAAUUUUCAAGUGGCGUACACGAGAUGUACUUACUUGGAGUCAUAUAGACACUAUUUUCACCGGUGAUAAGGAUGAUGUCACUUUUCCGCUCCUUCCUUCACCGAUUGAGGAGACUAGACCAUGGUACGCAGACAUUAUUCUGUACAUGGGUAUGUCAGAUCGGCAUUCCUCUUCAUUGUCUUCAGCACCUCCCUCAACAGGAGAUAAAGUUUCUCCAGCGAUGCCACCUGUAGAUAUACCGGCUAGUAGUCCUAAGACACCUGAGGAGCCUGUUCAGCCCUCUGUUGCAGAGCAUCUGUUAUGUCCCCCUGUUGUUCAGGCCCCAACCACUGAGACCACACACCUUCCUGGGGUUCAGGACCGUGCUACCCAUCCUGCCACACAAGAGUGUCCCCCAACUGCAUCACCCAUUUUAUCUCGAGUAGAUGCAACUUUGAACCACUGGAGCACUAUGAUAUUAUGUGAAAUUUCCUGUUUACGAGAUGAGAUGUCUUCUCAAAUGACUCGAUUAGAUGAUCGUCUUACUCGUUUAGAGGAAAUCGUCACGCGUACAAAACCAGCUCCAGUCGAUCAGGGUACACAUGAUGGUGUCCAGACGACCUCACCCAUUGACCCUUUGAUUCCAUCUCAUUACUCACAUGAGGGUAGUGCUUAUGAGGGGGUCUCGAUUGACCCUUCUGUUACAUCACUUCUUCCAUCCGAGGGUCAUGCUCAUGAGAGUGUUUCAGUUGGUCCUUCAGUUGGUCCUUCAGUUGCUUCACCUCCCCUACCUGAGGAACUUGGGAGUGAAACUCGUAAAUAUGGUUGUCGAAUCAAGAAGUAUGAAAUGGCCUUGAAAGUUGUUAAUGAUCAAAUGGCAGAAGUUGAGCAAGUCUUAUCUCAAUUGCAAGUUUCAACUGAACAUCACAUUUUGAGUGAUCCAUACUUGCUUACAAAAGGGGAAAUGACGAGACGGAUUCAAAGUAGGGUUCAAUCUGCAUUUGCUGUUCUAUGUUGUGUUGGUAAAGAGGUUCCACUCCAUGAAUCAAGGACUAAUUUCAUCGAAGAUAUAAUCGGUGUUGUAGCACUUACUGGAAAAGCUUGGACUAGUAAGCUUACCAGGAUGUUAGCAGAGUACUUGGGUGAAGAUCAAAUGCUUGCUUUGGUUUGCAGAUCCUUCAGAGCUGCAUGUGCUCUUGAGGAGUAUAAACGAAAUGGGGAAAUUGAUUUUUCACUUGGACUACAUGGAAAAGCAGCUGCACAUGGGAAGUCUAUAGUUGGCCGAUUUCUUGUUAUAUGCCUGGAGGAUGUAAGGCCCUACACAGGGGGUUUGGAUGUCAGUGACCCUCAGAGGAGGCUAGUCUUACCAGAGCCUAUUUUACCAUGUGGGAACAAUCCACCAGGUUUUAUGGGAUAUGCAGUUAAUAUGGUUGACCUAGAUGAGCUUCAUGUUUACACGAGGACAGAUGCAGGUCAUGGUCUUAGGGAGACUUUGUUCUAUCGACUCUUCAGUGAGCUUCAAGUUUACAACACCCGUGAAGACAUGAUAGAGGCUCGUGCUUGUAUAAAGCAUGGUGCUAUAUCUCUAGAUGGUGGGAUUUUGAAAGAGAAUGGAUUUAUUUCUCUUGGACACGGGAAUCCAACAAUAUGUUUUCCAGUUGUUGGGCAUGUAGAGUUGCUUCCAUUUUCCAAAAGUAUGGAAAAAUUGAACCAAAUUAAACAAAAGGAAUUGGAGUUAGGUGAUCUCAGUUGCUUAAAAGGGAAAUAUACUAAAGCUCUUGAGAAAGCUUUUAAGAAGUUUAAUAAUAAGAAAAAAAAGUAUAAGCAACAUAUGGAUGAAAUCAGUCCACAGUUGAGAGACUGUUGUUGGAAUAGGGAAAUUCAAAGAAAGAAAAGUUGAGAAAUCUGAUGUCGGAAAAAGUAUAUAUGUUUGUGGUUAGCCAUAGAUCCGUAGCAUAGGAGGGAAAGUUUGCAGUUGUGAAUGCCGUAGAAAUGAAAGAUUAGCUUGGAACAUUUUAAGGGUUUAUGCCAUAGAAAUCAUAGAUCAACUCCAUUCAACCAAAACAGUUUGGAAAGUUGUUGGCAGUAAUCCAAUCAAUACAUCUUCUGCAUUUAAUCUUAAAUUGUUAAUUUCUUUUAAUACAAGCACCGAGUAAUUUGUGAAACAGCAGAGUAUAUUUUGGUUGUAAUUAACUGCUUCUUUUGAUAUAUGAUAAUUUGCAUUUGGAUAA